GCACUUCGUCUUCACAACACGUUGGUCCUGAAACAUGGCGGACUCGAACAGAGCAGAAAGCUUUAAUACAGAAAUUACUGCGGAAUCAAACGUGGAUGACGCUGGAGUUACAAAACCGGAGGAGACCGAAGACACGAUAAAGAGCUUUAAAGACUUGGGAGUAACAGAGGUUCUGUGUGAGGCGUGUGAUCAGUUGGGAUGGAAAAAACCUACCAAGAUUCAGAUAGAGGCGAUUCCUGUCGCUCUUCAGGGGAGAGAUGUGAUUGGUCUGGCAGAGACUGGCUCUGGGAAGACUGGUGCUUUUGCUCUUCCCAUCCUUCAGUCUCUGCUCUCGUCUCCACAGCGUCUCCACACACUCGUCCUGACGCCCACCAGAGAGCUCGCCUUCCAGAUCUCCGAACAGUUUGAGGCUCUGGGAUCCAGCAUCGGGGUCAAGACGGCCGUCAUUGUUGGUGGAAUUGACAUAAUGUCACAGUCACUGGUGCUGGCUAAGAAACCCCAUGUAGUGAUUGCUACUCCCGGUAGAUUAAUUGACCAUCUUGAGAACACAAAGGGAUUUACUCUUCGAUCUGUGAAGUUCCUGGUGAUGGAUGAAGCAGAUCGGAUCCUCAACAUGGACUUUGAGUCAGAGGUGGAUAAGAUUCUGAAGCUGAUUCCCAGAGAGAGACACACAUUCCUGUUCUCUGCCACCAUGACAAAAAAGGUCCAGAAAUUACAGAGAGCUGCCUUAAAGGAUCCGGUGAAAUGUGCCGUUUCUACCAAAUAUGCCACAGUAGAAAAACUGCAGCAAUAUUACAUAUUUAUUCCAGCUAAAUAUAAGGACUGCUACCUGGUCUCUAUACUGAAUGAAUUAGCAGGGAACUCGUUCAUGGUGUUCUGCAGCACGUGUAAUAACACACAACGUGUGACACUGUUACUGAGGAACCUGGGAAUCACCGCCAUCCCACUCCAUGGACAAAUGAGUCAGAAUAAACGUCUCGGUGCCCUGAAUAAGUUUAAGUCGAAGUCUCGCUCUGUGCUGCUGGCGACGGACGUGGCCUCUCGUGGUUUAGACAUUCCACAUGUAGACUGCGUCAUCAACUUCGACAUCCCCACACACUCAAAGGACUACAUCCACCGUGUGGGGAGGACGGCCCGAGCAGGACGAUCGGGAAAAUCCAUCACCUUCGUUACACAGUACGAUGUGGAACUUUUCCAGCGAAUCGAAACUCUGAUUGGGAAAAAACUGCCUGCUUUCCCCACACAGGAAGAAGAAGUGAUGAUGCUGGUGGAGCGAGUGAGCGAGGCACAGAGAUACGCUCGACUCGAGAUGAAGGAGCAGGGAGAAAAGAAGAAAAGGAAAGGACGAGAUGAAGACGGAGACGAUGCUGAACACUCGAGCGGCGUGCGUAAAAAAGUGAAAGGAGGAAAAUUUGCAGGCGGACGCGGUGGCGGCUCCAGGAGAGGGCGCUAGAGUCGUGCUGCCUCAAAUGAAAUGUCUUUGUAUAUAAUACAUUUGUGAUAUUUCUCAUUAAAUAAAUGUUGUUUUUUCUUUCCUUUAAA